UUUUUUUCUAGGUUUACUUAUCAUCAAUAGACAGAUUUGAAAAUAAGUCCAAAUUAAUGUUUUAUUCGCAAGAUUUUAUUUCUUCCUGAAUGAGUAACUUACUUCUGUUUGUUUAAGUGAUUGUAAAUUCAGUGUAAUAAUUGCUGAUUCCAAGUUAAUUUGGUUAUUCUGGUUCAACUCAAAAUGAUGAAAAUUUUCUUCUCAUUCUGUUACUAUAAUAUGUUUAUUGAUAGUGAUUUUUUUCAUCCUACCCUUUUCUCCUCUUCAUCAUUUCUCUUCCCAAUUACUCUUGAUUAUUAAGUUCUUUAUCAUCUCUCACUCUACUCUGCCUCUCUUUCUCUUUUCUCUUUCUUUCCCAUCCUAUUCAUAAAUAUGUAUUGAUUAUUAUUAGUGGAAUAAUUUGAUUGUCCCGUAGUUUAAAUUCUUUUGUUUCUCCAAUUUAUAUUAUAUUUUUUUGGGUUUUUGACAACCAUGGACAACGGUUCUUGGCUGCUAAGAUUAUUCCAAUCUCGUCUGUUCGAGAUGUCCCUGGCUAUCAACUAUUUAUUUAAAUCAAAGGAACCUGGUGUAUUGAGUUACAUUGGUAAUCGCUUGUUUACAUUUGAAGAAGCUGAUGUCGACUUCUAUUUACCCCAAUUGGUUGUUUUAUAUAUAAACCAUUCAGAUAUAGCUGAUGCUUUGCAUCCUUAUUUUAUUAACCGUUGCCGCUCCUGUCCUGAAUUCAGCCUUCAAUUGGCUUGGUUAUUGAAUGCUUUCUGUCACGAUGCCUCUCCAUCAUCAUCUUCAUCACUCAUCAGCUGCUCAUCAUCGGCUUCCAUUCCAAAGUUGACCUCAUCCGCUUCCAUCUCAUCAUUCUCGUCUUUUACAACAAGAAAUAGUCUGAAAAAGUCCCAUGGAGUUAAGCUUAAAAAUUUAAUACUCAGUGAAGAGUUGAAACCUAAACAAUCAACUUACAACAAGAUAAACAACUUUACUGACAAUUUAACCUCUCUGAGAUCAACUAAUUUAACAAUUAGUAACGGUGUUGGCUCAGAAAAAAUCAAAAUUACUGGUGAUAGUCCUACCAAAACAACUAGUUGCACUUCAAAUGUGACUGUAAAUGGGAACAGUAGCUGUUCUGACACCACCGACUCUUCUAACAAUACAAUCAAUAUUGAAAAUCAUCAAGACAACAGUGAUAAUUACAGCAAAAGUCAAAAUAGACCAGACAUUAAUGUGACAGAAUCAUCUCCCGUAACCAAAUCAUUGAACCUGCCAAGAGAAAUUUCUCAUACUCUAGAUUUUUCUAAUAAUUUGAAUGGUCAUUCAAACAACAGCCAAUCUAAAACGGUGAUAUCAACCACAAACCAUAUCUCUUCGUCUCUUGUCCCAUCUAGUAAAGUCAACUCGUUUAGUCUUUCAUUAGCUUCAUCAUCCGCACAAAUGUUAUCACUCUCAUCUGCAGCUGCUGCUCAUGGAACUCUACGCAAAAGCCAUCAUAGAUCUUAUUCCGAUGCAACAGGAUCGUUACAUAGUAUUUCAAAUUCAGGCCCCUCGUCAAUUGCAGCAUCACUGCUCAAUCCUUCCAGAACUUUGGGUGAUUUAACCUCUGGUCAUGCUUUUGAUAAUGGAUGUGUUUGUUUCAACAGCUGUGCCGGUGUUUGCAAUGAUUUGAGAGGUGAAAAAGUACUAUGUCAUUGCGGUGCUCCUCGACUCACAGCCGAAUAUGAGUUCAUAAAAUGUCUAAUGUUGAUUUCAACUAGAUUACAGAAAAUUGCAUCCAAAGAUGUUAAAACUCAACGUUUAAUGGCCGAACUUUCCAUUCUCAAUCUUAAUUUACCUGCUCGAGUCUGGUUGCCUAUCUAUUCAUUCCGCCAUAUGAUUGUAAGAGUACCUCCAGGAGCAGCGGUUCUUCUAAAUUCUAAGGAUAAAGCUCCCUAUUUAGUUUACUUUGAAGCUGUUGAAUUAGCUGGUGACAUUAAUUCAACUCCUUUACCAACUAAAGUUAUCAAUAGCUUACGGCAAACCCGAUCAGAAGAAAAUUUAGUUAAUUAUUGCUCUCGGCGGGAUGCUGCUACAAAUGGCGAAAUACCAUCAAAGUUCACCCUUUUUCCUUCAGUUGACAAUCAUUCUGAUGACUGUUGGAGCCAUGAAGAUGAUAACAUUUGCAAACACUAUUCCUCCUGCUCGGAGGAAGAAAAAGAUACUUUAUCACAAUUAUCAUCACAAGAAUCGCUUACAUCAACUGAGGAUAUUGUUAAAAAUAACAGUAUUUUCAUGGCUGCUAGUGAUAUUAGGAGAAGAUUGUCUGAAUCAGUCAAUCAGCCUAAAACAAACUUUACUAUGGAUCCGGAUGACCCGUCUGCUGCCUUUCUGAAAGAGCCGUUAGAUGAGAAGGUUGCACGUAUUCGAGAAUCAUCACCUUAUGGGCAUCUUCAAGGAUGGAGAUUAGUUGCUGCUAUCAUUAAAUGUGGCGAUGAUUUAAGACAGGAAAUAAUGGUCCAUCAAUUUUUAGUGAAUUUACAAAAAAUUUGGGAAAAAGAACAUGUUCCUCUCUGGUUACGCCCUUAUAAAAUUAUGGUUACUUCAGCUGAUCAUGGAAUCAUUGAGCCUAUCCUUAACAGCAUAUCAUUGCAUCAAGUUAAAAAACACUCCAAGAUGUCUUUAUAUGAAUAUUUCCUCAAAGAAUUUGGACCAACUAACAGUGAAUCAUUCUUAACUGCGCAAAGAAAUUUUGUCCAGAGUUGUGCAGCUUAUUGUAUAGUUUCAUAUUUGAUACAAGUUAAAGAUAGACACAAUGGUAACAUACUCUUGGAUUCAGAAGGUCAUAUAAUUCACAUAGACUUUGGUUUUAUUUUAUCAAUAUCUCCAAAAAAUCUUGGUUUCGAAAAUUCGCCUUUUAAACUUACUCAUGAAUUCGUUGAGGUCAUGGGAGGAUUGGAUAGUGAUAUUUUUAAAUAUUUUAAAAUAUUAAUUUUACAAGGCUUAGUGGCAGCCAGAAAACACCACGAUUGUUUGUUAACCCUGGUUGAGAUAAUUCAAGCUAAUUGCCAAUUACCCUGUUUCAAAACUGGUGCUAGCACGAUAAUGUCAUUAAAGGAUCGUUUCCAUAUUGGAAUGACAGAGGAACAGUUGCAGCAAUACGUCGAAAAUAUGGUCGAAUCGAGCAUCAAUUCACUGACUACUAAAAUUUAUGAUGGAUUUCAAUAUUUAACUAAUGGUAUAUUAUAAAUGGGCAAAUGGUAAUAAAGCAGAUGAUGCUGAUUUCGUACUAUCACGGGCAAGAUAUGACUAGAUUGCAAGCAACCAAAAAAACAGACGGGAUCAACCAAAUCAAAAUUGAAGAGAAAAAUUAUUUUAAAGAAACUUAAAAAGUUUCAUUCUUUUUUACUCACAAAAGCAAUGCUCUGUUUUUGCUCAACUUGUUUUGUUGUUCUCAUUUUCUCUCAUCUCUGUAAGAAAACAUAAAUUGCUUUCAUCGUUUGUAAAAUGUUCAUUCAUUUUUGUUACUGGAGCUAAAAAAUGUUGAGCUCCGGAAACGAAAAUGAAUAACUAGCGAAAAACAAAGCAUGAAAACAAAAAUAAGUGAAGUGCCUCAAUUAAAUUGAAACUUUAAUCAUUGCAGUAAA